AUGUAAGAAAUUAUAUAUUUGUCAGAAUUGCCCAAGACCAAUGAAAUGUUUGCCAUAGUAGAGGAUAAAAAUUUGAAUAUAAUCCCAUCCAAUUAUAUACUAGAACGAAUUCUAAAAUGCUUUUUUAACAAAUUAAAGGAUAAUGAUAAAUAAUUGGCAAUAAAGUAUUUAAUGCAAUUCUAUCCUAAUAAUGGAUUUCUUACUUAAAGUAAAAAAUUAUUUGAUAAGCCUUAUUCCUGGACAAAUUUAACAAAGUAUUUUAAUGAUUAUGGAUUAAAAAAAAAUUAGAAAUUUUAUUAGUAAAAUGUGAAAUUAAAUAUGAUUCGAUUAGAUGAAGAUUUUCAUCAACUAAUGGAGCUAUUUGAGUAAAAAGAAUUCCAAGAAAAUUAUUAUAUUCCAACUUCAUUCCAUUAAUAUAACUAUCUCAUUGAAAAACUUAAAAAACAUAGUUUCAAACUUAUAGAUUUGAUUGAAUAAUGCUAAUAUUCAUCCUUUUAAUUAAAUUCAACAAUUUUGAGCCAUUUAGUUUUCUUUUUCUUUAUUCCUGAAGAAUUAUAAAUAAAUAGUAGAGAGAAGAUGGAAUUAUAUCAAUUAUUAGGGGAAAUCACAUGCGAAUGUUGGCUGUAAUUUGAAUACCAUAUUUAACAAUUAAAAUUCACACAAUAAGACUAAAAUAAAUUAAAAAUUCUUUCAGAAAUUCCAUAAUUAUUCCAGAUAGAUUUGUAGACUUUAAAAAAUUCAAUUUAUCAAAUAUUGUAAAUGUAAUGA